GGACAAUUGCGAUUUCCAUUCCUAAUAUGUUGGAGAGUAUGAUUAGAGCACGAGAGUCAUAACCGUUGGACGCUCUUUAGUCCAUAAUUUGUGAAGACGUAUAGACGCUAUUCAUUUCUCUAAUUUUAUUUCGGCCGCUUCUCAAUUUUAUUUCUCUAAUUCGUGAACUCGUUAUGCACCCAGGCCCGAUUAUCAUCACUUAAAGCAUUUCAAUUUCCAGCCACAUCUAGGGUUUUUCUAUCUAUCGAUCUCGAUCCCGACCUCCACAGCUUCAAUUAAACAAAUUUUUUUAUCGAGGCAUUGGGCUGGAAGAUACUUUAAUAGAUUCCGAUUAGUGGGUAAUUCAACUAUCGAGCCAUUAGAUUGGGAGAUACUGCCGGUGAUUUUGUCGGGUUUGGGAGGUGAUGGGCCCUAGGAUUCUUUAAAAUUUGAAGCAAGGUGUGGGGAAAUUUGUUGAAAUGCCGGUGAAAUCGGGAAGUUCGUCGGUGCGGGAUCGGACGCAGGAGUUUCUGAGCAUCGCAGAGAGGCUGAAGAAGUCAGUCUCGUCGGGAGAUGGGAAUAAUGCGGCGAGCAGUGGUUCGAGAGGGGAGGAGCAGAGAUCUGCGAUGGCUAUCCAGCCGGAGUUUAACAAGAGGGCAUCAAAGAUUGGGUUUGGGAUACACCAAACGUCUCAGAAGCUUGCAAAAUUAGCUAAAUUGGCAAAGAGGACUUCAGUUUUUGAUGACCCAACCAUGGAAAUCCAAGAGCUGACAGCAGUUAUUAAGCAGGAUAUUACUGCACUGAAUUCAGCAGUUGUUGACCUUCAGCUCCUCUGCAACUCCCGAAAUGAUAGUGGGAAUAUCUCAAGUGACACUACUAGUCAUUCAACUACAGUUGUAGAUGAUUUAAAGAAUCGCUUAAUGAGUGCCACAAAAGAGUUCAAAGACGUCCUAACCAUGCGGACAGAGAACUUGAAGGUUCAUGAGAACAGAAGACAGUUGUUUUCCUCCACUGCUUCUAAGGAUUCUCCAAAUCCUUUUGCUCGUCAGCGUCCGCUGUCCACAAGGGCAGCUGCUAGUUCCUCAACUGCCCCUCCUCCAUGGGCCAAUGGUUCAUCAUCCCAGUUAUUUCCCAGGAAGGAGAUGGAUGGGGAGAGUCGACCGUUGCUGCAGCAACCUCAGCAGCAUCAACAGCAACAGCAGUUGGUUCCCGUACAAGACAGUUACAUGCAGAGCAGAGCUGAAGCUCUUCAAAAUGUGGAGUCAACAAUUCAUGAGCUGAGCAACAUCUUCAACCAGUUGGCAACCCUUGUUUCUCAACAAGGAGAGAUUGCCAUCAGGAUUGAUGAAAACAUGGAUGACACAUUAGCAAAUGUGGAGGGCGCUCAAGGGGCUUUGCUCAAGUACCUUAACAGCAUAUCUUCAAAUAGGUGGCUGAUGAUCAAGAUAUUCUUUGUAUUAGUAGUUUUUCUUAUGAUCUUCCUAUUUUUUGUGGCAUAGCCAUCAAUUGAGACACAGAAUACAAAUAGCCAAAAUGACUGCCCUUGCCUGGGUGAUAAGCCUGUCCUAUUCUUUCUACGCCUAUCCUCCCUCACCCUCUUAUUUUUACCCCUGAUUUUUUUGUGUGCGCACAAGGAAAUUCCUGUAUCCAUUCUGCAUUUUGUGAUUAUGUAUGGCAUAUGUGUAAUUGUACAUGGUGCUUGAUGCAAUGAAAAGAUCCUUUCACUUUUA